UGCCUUAAUCUCCACCAAUCAACUCACAGGUGUCAGUCUUCACUCAUUCGGCCAUUUGAUUGUGAUCAGUUUUAAAAAGCUCUGGCCUUGCACCCGUGUUCUGUUUGACUGUGUGUUGCAUUCCUUAAAGAUGGCCUGUGUGUUUCUCAAUGCCUUCGUUUUAACGUUAACUCUCUGUAUUCCAACUUUUAUAAACCCAGAAAAUGUGAAUGUGCGAGAGAAGUUGUUCUUAAGUUCAAUGGGUCUCUCGGGUCGACCGAAACCUUCACACCCUACUCCAGUGCCCUCUCUGCUGUGGAAGAUGUUCAAGAAGGGCACCAAACAGACUUCAACGUCUGAGACUGAUACAUGUGUGGUGUCAGAGUAUGGAGUGAGAGGAAACAUUGUGAGGUUUAUCCAGGAUCAAGGUAGUGUGAUAUCAGCACCGGCCAUCCACUGCUUUAAUUGUGUGAGGAAGCAUCUGUUUUUCAACAUGUCGGUGCUGGACGAUGUUGAGCAACUCUCGUUUGCGCAGCUGGAAGUGAAGUUCAAACACGAUCUCGCUCACCUGGGACGGCAUGUUUUCAGUAUGGACCUGUACAAGGUUUUAAGGACCACACUAAAACGAGUGACUCACGAAUCCAGCCGUAAAUUACUGCUCUCUCAGUCGCUUGCGUAUGGUGCACACAGCUCUUUGUAUAUUAAUUUGACCGAGCUGGCCGAAUCCUGGAGAAAACCAAACAAGAACUAUGGGAUGCAACUUGAGUUGCAGCUCAUAGACUUGAGCAACAUGCUUGAAGAACAUGCUUUUGAUACGACAGGUGUUCAUAUUUCACAAGUUCCUGAGUUCUGCACAUCACUUGUGGUGGUGUCGUUGAAUCCACUCCAAUGUAGAUUCAGAAGAAAGCGAAGUGCUUCUUACUUGCCAGUGACGCCCAGUAAUGUGUGCAAACCCAGAAGGCUUUACAUUGACUUCAAAGACGUUGGAUGGCAGGACUGGAUUAUUGCACCUCAGGGCUAUUUGGCCAAUUAUUGUAAUGGAGAAUGUCCUUUUCCUUUGAGUGAGCGUUUGAACGGAACCAACCAUGCCAUCCUGCAGACUCUGGUUCAUUCAUUUGAUCCAAAAGGAACACCUCAGCCCUGCUGUGUUCCCAUCAAGUUAUCGCCCAUAUCUAUGCUGUAUUAUGAUAAUAAUGAUAAUGUAGUUCUGAGACAUUAUGAAGACAUGGUGGUGGAUGAGUGUGGAUGCAGAUGAACUCUGCCGUUACAUAAAUGUAUUAAUUUCUUGAUUUUUAAACACAGGAAAAAAUGCACAUCUUUUAUAAACAUGAUUAUAAUGGUUUUAAUUAUACAUUAAAGUGAUUUAAAAAUUAAAAUUAAUGUGGUUCUUUGAAAUCAAUAUGUUCAAAAUACCCCCCAACCCAAUUUUAUAAUGUUAAAAUGCAUACUUAAAAAUAAAUAACAUUGAUUAAAUGAUUGAUUAGACUUCAAACCAGUUUUCUUAGACAUUGAGGAUAAAUUAAUUUGGAUGCAUAACUUUUUGCAUAAGUUUGAAUAAUUAUAAUUUAUUAUUAUUACUAUUUGUUUCCAAGUAUCCACAUUUAUCUCCAGAGUAGUUACAGAACAUUAAUGGAGGAGACCGGGGCUAGUUGUCACAAGGGCUACGCACAAACUGUCUUAAAUUGGAUUAAUUUUUGUAAAUUCUGUCCUUGCAGCUAAAUUUCCAAUAUUUUGCUAUAGUGGUUUAGUAAACAAGUGAAUGCAAUAAAAUCACACUGGCAUACAUUCUGGAA